AUUACCUUUGGUAACGCCCACUUCCUGGCUCCUGCACAUUUUCGGCUUGUUGACUUUAUUAAAUAUCCCGUGUUUCACAAAUUUGUAUAAAUCAUUUGUGCAGAAAAUAUCAUUGAUCAAAUUGAAAUAACUGAAAAACAUUUUAAACUUCUUUUCGGCAAAAAUUUAUUUCGGAAUUUAAUUAUUUUGGGACGAUGAAAUAAUAUUUUAAAUGUCCGCUGUGGCAAAGGUCACUUUAUUGGAGGGUUUCACCAAGAUAUUUCGGGAAUUUCUUCAAGAGUGAUUGAAUAUUCACGAUGCAGUGUGCGACGAGAAGAGUGAUUUUUGCCAGGCCGACGGCCAUCUGGACCAGGUUGGCCUCGAUGGAGGUGGCCAAACCGAGGACGACGGAAACCGUUCUGGCAGAAAAGUACGCACAGAAGAAAAAGCAGGAAAAGCCAUUCGCCAAGGAACUGUUCCUCGGCAGGGUGGACAACGACCUCUUCACCUUCCCCGAAGUCCUUGAACCCGAACGUCUGCAGACUUUGAACGAAAUGCUUGUGCCGAUCGAAAAGUUCUUCACCGAAAAACUCGACUCAAAAUCCAUCGACCAGAACGCCAAGAUUCCUCCGGAGGUGCUCACCACCCUGAAGGACAUGGGCCUCUUCGGCCAGCAGAUUCCUGAGGAGUACGGCGGCCUUGGAUUGAAUGCUACCGAAUUCGCACGAAUUGCCGAGAUCACUGCCCUGGAUGGCGCAGUGGCCGUGACCCUGGCCGCCCACCAAUCCAUCGGCCUCAAAGGUCUGCUGAUUUGCGGCACCGACGAGCAGAAGCAGAAGUACCUUCCUCGGCUGGCCACUGGAGAGUGGGUGGCCGCCUUCUGUCUGACAGAGCCCAGCAGUGGCUCGGACGCCGCCUCGAUCCAAACCAGGGCCACCCUGGCUGAGGACGGCAAGACCUGGAAGUUGAACGGAGGAAAGAUUUGGAUCAGUAACGGUGGAAUCGCUGACUUCUUUACUGUUUUCGCCAAGACUGAGGUGCACAAUGAGAUCGGAGAGAAAGAAGACAAAGUCACUGCUUUCAUUGUUGAGAGAGGCUUCGGAGGCAUCACAUCUGGCAAACCUGAGGACAAACUGGGCAUCCGAGGUUCAAACACUACCGAAGUGCACUUUGACAACACGCCAAUACCUGCGGAGAAUGUGCUGGGAGAAGUCGGGGGUGGUUUUAAGGUGGCCAUGAACAUCUUGAACAGCGGCCGUUUCAGCAUGGGCAGUUCGUCGGCUGGUGUUUUGAAAAAGCUCAUCAAGUUGGUGUCCCAGCACGCCACCGAGCGCAAGCAGUUUGGCAAGCAGCUGAAGGAGUUUGGCCUCAUCAAGGAAAAGGUGGCUAAUCUAACCUUGGACGUUUACGCUAUGGAGAGUAUGGCUUACAUGACGGCCGGCAUGCUCGACAUGUACGAAAAUCCAGACUGCUCAAUGGAGGCUGCCAUGGUCAAGGUUUACAGUUCAGAAGCCGCUUGGUCAGGCGUUAGCGAAUGCCUCCAAAUUCUUGGUGGCCUUGGCUACAUGAAAGAUUACCCGUACGAACAGUACCUCAGAGACUCACGCAUCAUGAUGAUCUUCGAAGGCACCAAUGAGAUUCUCCGCCUCUUUAUUUCUCUUCUCGGCUUUCAGUACGCUGGUGUUGAAUUGAAAGAAACGGUUAGGAGAGUCAGAAACCCGCUUUUCAAUCCACUGUUCAUGCUCAAGUUCACUGGCAAAAUGAUCCGGCACCGAAUGGACAAUCCAAAACUGAAACUUCGCUUGAAAGACUUUGUUCACCCGUCCUUGGACAUUGCAGCCAACCAACUUGAGUACUGCGUUUUGCGACUGCAGUACGCUGUGCAGGUUGUGUUGCAAACCCACGGCAAGGAUGUUGUUGACGCCCAACUGGACCUCAAGAGAAUUGCAGACAUGUCCAUCAAUGUGUACGCCGCUUUUUCAUCUUUGUCGAGAGCAUCCAGGGCGUACUGCAUUGGUCUGCACAACGCCGAGUACGAACUCACCUUGGCCAACACUAUUGUCAUGAGAACCCUCACCCUCGUCAAGAAAAAUGUGAAUGACUUGGAAAACGGCCCAUUCGUCAACUUUGACCAGGCGCUUUUGGACAUUGGCAGAAAAGUGUUUGAGAAGGGUGGUUACUAUGCUGCACACCCUCUGACCAAGAAUUUUGUAUGAAUUAUUAUUUCCUUGUUGGUUUGUAAGGCUGAUUAAUAAACUGUAAUUUAUUGGCAUUGUUUA